GUUGUUAUCUCCCCUGAUAUUGCGAUCAAGCGGAUUAAUCGGGAGGUGAUUCGCGAGUUGUCGCGCGUGUAUCAUUCGUCGCAUCUGGGCAAUCGUCUGCUGGCCUUCGACGGCGUCAAAAACGUGUACAACGGCCGCGCCACUACCGUUCGAGGCGCAGGAGUUUCAGGUGUCUCUGCCCGACGACCGUCCAGCCCCGGCGGCAGGGGAAGCUCAGUCGCGUCGGCCGCGCGACCGGUCGUUCAAGGUGGUGCUGCGGCUGGCGGCGAGCGCGAGCGUGUCGCAGCUGAUGGAGUUCCUGGCGGGGCGGCAGACGGAGGUGCCGCAGGAGGUGCUGCAGGCCAUAGACAUCGUGCUGCGGGAGCAGCCCACGCGCAU